AUGUUCAAGGCCCUGAUGGGCGGGGUCCGUUCCUCCGAUGCCCGCAGCACAACCUCCAGCUCCAAGAGCAGGAGCCGCCGCCGAACCAACUCCAAGGCUUCUUCGACGGUCAGCCGCAAGUCCUCACGGGGUGACGACCGUGAUCGUGGCUUGGGCGAUCUGUCGGCCUACCCUUCCUCAGGCAGCCGCAGCAAGCGAUACGCUCCCAGCGCAGCGGGCGAGUCUGUCGCUUCGAGCUAUGCGACGGCGGAUCCGGGCAUAUCCACUGAGCACGAUGCGAUUAUUGUCGAACGGACACCCAGACGCAGAGAUACCGAUGAAGAAAGCGGUCGCGAUCGAUAUUCCGAUAUUCGCGACAGUGAUGGGCGAAGUUCUCGCCGACGCGACCGGGACCGAUCGCCCAGUCGUGAGCGUGAACGGGCCCGGUCGGAGAGGGACGAUCGAGCGCAAUUGAAAGAUGACGCUGUAGAGUCUCGCGACCGUCGUCGGGAACGAUCGCGGACUCAGUCAGGCGAUACGUAUCUGCCGCCUCUUUCCACAUCGAUGCCCGCUCAGCCAAAUCCGCCCACGAUCUAUGACCCCCAUGUCCAGCAGCAGUUCCCAGGUCAGUUCCCUGCUUUUGUUGCCGAGCCAUAUCGACCUCCGAACCCUGCCGGCGAAGCGGCCGAUUACUAUGGCGAUCAAGGGCAGUCCGUUGCCGAGCAGCCAGGUGUGCGCCCGCAGCCUCCGUCUGUCAUUCCCAACAGCCAGACGCAUCUCAUGGCUGCGUCGCCUGUCGCCAAUCCACCACCGGAGCCGAGCAGCAUGGGGCAGGUGGGCGCAGCCGCUGAUUACUUUGCAGGCGACGCCGAACUAGAGGGGGACCCAGCGCCUGGACGACCGGAUCAUCCAACUGCUGGCGCAACGUCCAAGCCUUCCAGGCCAUCUAACGUUACAUCUGGCAUCUCGGGGAUGGCUGCUGGAGCUGCUGCUGGAGCUGCUGCCUAUGGAGCAGCAAGUAGUUUCCCCAUGCCGGCCAGCCCGACAUCGCCUCCGGAACCUGUCCCAACGACUGCUCCCUAUGCCCCUCCUAUGACUUCCAGCACCACCAAACCGCCCCAUACCCAUGGUGUUGGAGCCACAGUUGGAGCGGCAGCCGCGGGUGCUGCAGCAGGAUACAUGCUUGGCCACCACCAGCACCAUUCGAUGUCGAGCACCGACCAUCUAUCCCAGUACACCAUGCAGAAUUACGACGAAUCUUCUCAGCAUGGGUUCGGAAACCCAGGUCCCACAAUCAACAAUGCACCGGCCAAUCCAGCGUGGUACGCUGCUGGAGCAGGAGCAGCCCUACCGUAUGCUGCAAGCCCUCUGCAUCCCCACCACGCUGCUGUCCACCACGGGGCUCCCUUUCCCUCCGGAAGCCUGGCAUUUCAGCAGCGCCAACGUGGCCCGCUUGACAAGUUCAUCGACUUUUGGCGUGAUCCGGAGGGUGUCGGUAUGUUUGAAGACUAUACCGAGGCCAUAGGCGUCUGUAAGUACUGCUUCGAACCCGGCACUUCCUCGCGUGACGCACCUCGUAAACAUCACUACCGCCCACGCCGAUCGUCCGCUGAGCGCCACAGCGGUGGCUCCCGGGUGGGAAAGGCAAGUCGCUAUACAUCCUCUGAGGAUGAAGGUCGCCGACGGAAGAAGUCAUCACGGAGUUCCUGGCUGCUGCCUGGACUGUUGGGUGGAAUGGCGGCCAAAACGCUUUUCAAUAACAAGGAUUUUGAAGACACCUAUAGCGUCCGUUCGGGCCGAGUGAUGACCGUCAACGACUCUGAAAGUGUCUCAACAACACGACGAAGCCAGACCUCGCGUGGCGUCUAUAGGCGUCGCAGUCAGUCUCGAGACCGUGAAGGCCGCAUCCUUUACUCAGACUCGAAGAAGAGCCAAUAUGAAGAUAGACGACACGGUUCUCGGUCCCGAUCCCGCUCUUCCUCCCGAAAUGACCGCCAUUCAGCACUCAGAGACGCAGCCCUAGGUGCUGCAGUGGGCUCAGCAGCUUUGGCUGUGGCCAAGUCCCGUGAUCGAAACCGCAGCCGCAGUAGUCGCAGUCGCAGCCGAUCCCCAAGAAAGACAAAAGGGAGAAAGUCGUCAACCUCUGACUCUUCCUCCUUUGUUGAUAUCUCCCAGCCUGCUCGAAAGUCCGUUGGCGGUGGCAUUGCUUCUUUCUUCACGGCUUCUUCUGAGAACCGUAGAAAGCGCCGAGUCAAGAAACGCAGGAGUAUCUUUUCGUUCAACAACUCGUCCUCUUCUUCGCUUGAUGCGGACUUGGCAUUCGGUACCGGAUUCGCACGAAAACCUGCUGGCAAGUCGAACAAGAAGAGCAGUAAGAAGAAGGACCAUGACGUGGAUGCAGCCUUGCUGGGGUUAGGCGCUGCAGCCACCGCAUUAGCUGCUACGUCUCAUGGACGCAGUCGGCGGACUGGAGAGAUUCUCGCGGCCAAGGAGACGCGGUCGCGACACUCGGAUUACACAUCGUCCGUCACGAACGAUGAAGGCUGGGAGGAUAUGGACUCAGGGGACCAGUCUUCCUCCAGUGUCAGUUCAGCGCUCGCGUUCGGUGGUAGCGCAUUGUUCGGUAGCGAUGAAUCACAGUCGUCUGACUCUGGUACCUCAAAAUGGGGCUGGAGAUGGGGAAGCGGAAAGGAUAAAAAGAAGAAAAAGAGGGCUAGCUCCUCGGAGGACCGAUUCCCUACAGGUGCUGCCCUCGCUGCAGGUGCGCUAGGAACGGCCGCGUUGGCUUCUACCCAUGACAGAGACUCCAGACUUCCCAGCCAGGGUGCGUCAAGCAGCUCCGGGAGCUUGCAGCAUGUGGCCCCCGUGCCAACUAGCGAUCCUACCCGCUUUGAUGCGAUCAACGUGUCGUCUCUGCCCCCUGGCGAACCCGCAUUCGUUCGACCAGGUCCCAUUCCAUUGCAGCAACCGCAGCCCAUGACGCUAGUCUCACAGGCUGUUUAUGCUACCCAGGGCGAGUCGAUUCCCGCUUACAGUGCUCCCGUGAUCCCACCUGUUUUUCCUCCGACCUCCUACAUCCCUUACAGACCUGAACAAAGUCAAAGUGUAGCUUUAGGCUUUAAUCGACCACAUCGCAGGAGCGAGUCUUUUCCCGUGUUCCAGACAGAGCCUCUGGAAGGUGCGCCAGCACCCGGCCUGAAGCGUCGCUCGACCGUCAAGGAUCAGACCUCGGUCCAAUUUGAUCUGACCAAGGAGCAAGCUGAUAAGGAGCGACGUGCGGAUCGUCUUGAGCAGUUGAAGCGCGAAGCGGAGCGGGCCAACGGAGUGCAACUCAUUGAUAGGGAAGAUGAACCUGCCGUCUGGGAUGACGAUCGUCGUUCAAGACGCUAUGAAGAUCGUGGAUACGAUGACCGCAGACAAGAAGAGCCUAAACAUGAUCGCUACUACAAGGAUUCCGAAAAGGACAAAGACUCAUCCUCGCGGAUCGGUGCUGCCGCCGCGGGUGCAAUAGGCGCCGCCGCUGCAGCUACUGUGCUAUCUGGAAGAGGUUCGGUUGACGAAUCCUCCGAAACCAGCCAGCGGCGCCACGACGAGCGUCGGCAGCAGCGCCGAGCGGAGCGUCGCCGUGGAUCCGAGCCGGAGUCGGCGGUGUCCAGCCAUAGUAAAUCUGAGCCUGCCCAGGAGACGAUCGAUGAUCAUCCGACCGAGAAACGUCAGCCGGAGCUGACCAAGCCGCCUAGUCCCAGUCGCGGUCCCCACAAAUACGACGAUUACGCUGAGUUCUUCGCUCCUGAAGAGUUGCGGUAUAGUCCGGACGCCUACAAGCGGCGCGAGCCUGCCUCGAUGCCUACUAUCAUUGAGAUCGAACCUGCAAGUGAGAGACAGUCGCGAGAAGUGCUGCCCCCAGCAGAGGAGCCACAUCCCCAAUACCGAGAUCUGCCAUGGCCGGUACCUCUUUUGAAACUCAUCGAGCCCACUCCUCCCCAAAGUUUGAGUGGAUCCGUCAGAGACGCUGCUUCACCCGUGGUUAGUGCUCGGGAUAUGCCUACUCACGAAGAAGAGGAAAACGUGAAGCCGGCUGCACGACAAACGACCGGCUCCCGUGUCUCCUGGGGAGAGCACGAAACGCACGAGUACGAAGUUCCGUCCACGUCCUCGGAACUCGAAUCAGUUGACCAUGAGACCACUAGAGUCCAAGAGGAGUCUCAUUCGCCGGUACUCGAACACCGGGACGUGCCCUCCAAGCACGUCGCGGAUGAUGUGGGUGCGGACAUUGAGUUUGCGGCUGCCUUGGCUGCUGCCACCGCAGCUGCGGGCUUUGAUCCUGCCCUCGUGACGGAGGAUCCAACAUAUCAUACACGGUCUUUGCCUCUUGGCUCUCGAGGUGGGGUCGAAUUCAGGUCCCCAUGGGUGGAGGCCGAGUUAGAUUCUAGGAUUCCGCAUGGCUUUGUCGAAGGAGAGGUUGAGACCCCCGAAGAUGAAAAAGCCGGACUAAAUAGAGUCGUCGCAGAGCAGCCACUGUACUCUGAACCUGAGCCUGUUUCACGGGAACUGGACAAUCAAGAACCGUCUGAGCCCCAGACUCGAACCUCGAUCGCUCAGGAGGUAAUCGACCGGCUCAACGGAAAGCAAGAUGAAGGAGACACCUCACGUAAAGCUCGAUCCGACACAGAAAAGAGUUCAAACUCCGGCGAGAAACGCGAUGAAUCUGAGCUCCCUGCUCAAGACUCGUUCUCCAUGCCCGGCGGAUUUGAAACGGAAGAGUCACCCUCGGAAUCGAAGCGUGAUGUGGACUCGCGUGACGCCGGUGGCUUAGACCGCCGAUCCGUUGUUUCAGCCCCUGUAUCUAGUGAAUACGAUUCCUCAACAAGACCGAGAAAAUCCAGACGAGACAGUGGUGACUUUGACGAUGCUGAAGAUGCCGCCUCUGCGUCAGUUGAGCCGGAUGGCACCGAGGGGAAGAAAAAGCGACGGAAGAGACGCUCCAAGCGUGACAGUGACACCUUUACCGACUCUGCCUCUGUGACAUCCUCGCCCGCCAGAAUUGGGGAGUCCAGCGAGAAACACAAGAGCACGGAUGACAAGGACAAAGAAAAAAGGGCGGGGGGUUUCUUCAGCAGUAUCUUUGGCUCGAGAGUUUCAGAGCCGGUGGACACCAAGACGUCGUCCUCUGCAGAUAGGCCUUCGUCGCGUGAGAUUCAGUCCGAGGUCGGGCGUCGGGAGUACGAGGAGUCACGCCGCCGGAGGAGGGAGGAAAGGUCAUCCCGGCGUCGCAGCUCCAGUGGCGGGGAUAAGGGCCCCCGGCGAGAUGAGGAGAGCGGUUCCGACAAGGAGAACAGUAAGGCUAGAGACAAGGAUGGUAUUGACAUUGAGAACUACAAGUCUAGCAGGCAACGGAGGGAAGAGAGACGGCGACGAAGAUACGAGGAUAUUGUGGAAUCGGGGAAACCGGAGGAGUAUGAGAAGGAUCGGAAAAUAUCGGAAGACAACGACGAGAACCAGUCUUUUUUAGCAGAAGGCCCCGAAAUGCCAGUCCAGGUAGACGACGGCAAUAGAGAGCGUGGUGCUUCGGGGCGCGUUCCUUUGGCAGAGAGAGACGUCACAGGGCUGGGAUUAGACGUACUGGAACAGCGGCCAAGGGGCCGCUCGACAUCCCCUGAAGCCUCGGAAAGGAUCGUGGAUCCAGCCCCCAAGUCCCAGAGUAGGCCGGCCUCGCCCGAGCCGAAUCGGCAAGAGGGAGACAAUCAGAGCCAGUCGUCACGACGAUCAUCCAUGUUGCGGUCGACAGAGUCGCCUACCGCGGUGCCGUUGCACUUCCGUCGCCCCCCAACCUCGCCUGGGACCAAUCGUUCGGCAUCCGUCAGCGCCCCUACUGCACCAUCUCCCGGGUCUCCAACAGCGCCCAAACGCCGACCAAACUCUACCGAGUUCAAGAGUUCGCGCGAGAUCCGGCCCCUGUGGCUGGUAGAGCGUCACGGUCCUGGACACGGGGAGCAUGAGCCCGAGGAACCGCUACCAUCGCUACCGUCAAGCAAGACUUCAUCCGCGAACAACUCCGUGGAAGAUCUCACGGCCCUUCAGGACGAGAGAAGCUGGGAGGCGGUUGAUCUGAGCCAUCAUGUCCAUGACACUCGGCGACCGAGCGGCAUCGACCUGUCUCAGAGCAGAGGUGUCGAGCACGAUGCCCUAGGUUCUCAGCAGGUCACACCUACCGCGGCAACUUUCGAUCAGAUACACCCAAAUCCUCCUUCACGGAAAGAGCUGAAAUAUGAGUUCCAUUCUCCCUCGGAACUCCUGCAAGAUCCGACCGCGUACGGAGACGUGCAGCCGUUUGACGUGGGGGAUCUCCCUUCCGCAGAGGGCUCGGCUGUGGGUGUCAAGGAUGCAAGUGCUGGGAAUGAAGACAAGGUAGAACGCCCGGCUGAGGCCUUGCCUUUUCGGCCCUCUACCCCACAAAACAAUGAUAUCGCGGCCUCCGAGGACACGGAGACCACCCCUACUCAGACCAGGACCGUGAACGCUUUCGAAGGCCCUGGAUUCGCUGGGGUGGUUGAUGCUGCUGUUGCAGCAGCUGUGGGUGGUGGUCUCGGCACGCAGCCAGAUGUUGCAAUUUCCGCCAAAGAAGGUCCAGUGGAUCUUCCUGGUGCUGUGGAAAGAACUGAUAAGUCGAUUGUUGCCAACGAUGAACCCGCGGCAGCUUCCGUUUCCACCCCCGGCGCACCUCUUGACUUUGCAGCCGUUGUUGAUGCUGCGGUUGCUGCAGCCACCAACUCUACUGGCGAGAAGCCCGAGGCUGCUAGGGAAAUUGAGCAGCCGCAAGCCACUGAAAAGUCAAAGGACGAAGUAGCUGCUGCUGCAAGCGAACAGCAGGAGCCCGGGGAAUCGCAUCUGCAGCAGUCGCCUGAGUCAACCGAGCCCGUACCACAAGCCCCACACGCGGACGAACAAGAGAUAUCACAUCCGACUGGGAACGACGACAGCGUCCCGCGAGAUGACAAAAGAAGGGAUUCAGUGGCCACAGUGGUUCCCCUAGUGGAAGAAGCCUCCCAUGAACAGGGGAAGCUGGACACCAGCGCGGCCAUCCCAGAAAUAACCGGGGAAAACAAGGAGCUUCCGUCCGAGACAACGAACAAGAACGCGGGCGAUAAUGAUCAGGUCCAGCCCGAGGAGCCGUCGGUGGACACUGACGAGCCAUCUUCGUCUUCUGCCAAGAAAAAGAAGAAGAAUAAGAAGAAGCGUCAGAGCAUGGACUCAAGCACGCACGAGCCGACUACACUUGUCGAUGACUCGACUGCCAACCAGGGGGAGGAGGGGAAAUUUAUUGUUGAAGAUGCACGGACUGAUGCCGUCGAGUCGUCUGAGCCAGCACUAAAGGAGCAAUUUCUUACCGACCAGCCUGCCAGUGCUGAAGCUACAGCUGCGCCCGAGCAGGAGCCGGUAGAGGCCACGGUUGAUAUAGAGCAAGCCACCGAAGCGCCGGGCGUCAAAGCACUUGAAGAUGAACCGGCACCCGCUGCACCCGAAGAUACGCCUGCCGAACCAACUGUUGAGACACCAGCUGAGGACCAAGCCGAGACGACAUCUUCCAAGAAGUCCAAAAAGAAGAAAAAGAAGAAGAACAAGGGCUCUGCUCCUGAGGAGAACACGGAGGACCCGAAUCCUACAGAUACUCCGGAACCAUCCGCUGCAACUUCGCAGGUCAUCGUGGAAGAGCAGGUAGAACCUACCGUGGAAACUACACAGCCUGCCGAGGGAGAACCUAAGCCUACCGAGGAGAGCACCAUUGCUGUGCCCGAGAAUACUGUCGAGUCCGAACCGGUGCCCAAGAAAAUGGAAGCUCCUCAAGACCCUACUGGUGAAAAAGUUCAAGAUGUUCCCGUACCAGGAGAAUUUCCAGGCUCACCGGUAGAGGCUGAUAAUCAGGCUAAAGACUUGCCGCAAUCUGGAGAAGAGUUCCAAGCUGAGCCUACUCGCGCCCAAGAGCUACCAGAGAGUACCGAGAUCACCCACAAGAUUCCCGACAUGACCCCAAGCGUAAAUCCUUCGGAACCAGUAGUGAGUGAGAUGAUGAAUGAGACGGCCUCUCCGGAUGUUUGGCAUGACGCAUUGGCUUCCUCUCCCGAGCAGAAGAGCGCCGAAACAGAGCAAGCUGAUCCUAAAUCUGAUGAGCAACACAACGAGGAGAAGGCACCGGAGUCCGAGAUACAGCCAAUUGACAAAGAACAGGCUGAGAUCUCAGAAAAGCCUGUCGAGGCGGAUACUCCUGCUCUCAUCCCAGUCCUUCCUGCGGAACAGCAAGAGCAAUCCAAGGAGCCCCCUACUCCUGUGUUAGAUUCUACUUCCACGGAUAAGGUCGAAACGGUAGGGUCUAGUGUCCGGAACGAAGAGCCCACUCCCACUACUACGGAAUCGGAAACUCCCUUGUCACGCAAAAACAGCAAGAAGAACAAGAAAAAGAACAAGCGGAAGAGCACUGCAGAGACACCAGUUCAGAGUGAGGCUGUUGAUACUGCGGAGCCUAUCUCUUCAGUGGAAGGCGUGCGUGAACCUGGUCCUGAGACUACAAGCACAGCUGUGGAGGAACCUCAAGUAAAGUCGCUGGAUGAGGCUGUCGAUGAAAAUAAGGGAGAAGCUACGGACUUUCAAAAAGAUAUCAAAGAGGAACCCUUGCCAGAGGACGCGGCUGAGGUAGCAACCGAUUCGCAGCCGGCUACAGCUGACGAAAUCCAUCAGACAGCAGCGGAAGACCCGGCGCCAGACGCGGUGGCUGAGAUCAUGAGCGAAUCCCAGCUAGCUACACCUCAAGACGUUCUGAAGACAGCACCAGAAGAGCCCGUCAACGAGCAGCCAAAAAAGAAAGGCAAGAAAAAGAAGAAUCGCAAAUCAGUCAAUGUGUCCGAGUCCCAGCCUGAGUCAGAGUCAGAAGUCAAGACUGAAGAACUCCCAUUAGUUGAAGCUGCAGAGACCCCGCAGCCUCAAAUAAGGAGUGAGGUAGCGGCCGCAGUUGACAGUCAGGUACCGCCAGAGUCGAGUAUCAUGGAAGCACCUGCAGGGAUUGGAGACAUUACGCCCGCUUCCGCAGCGGAGGCAAUUGAACUAAAUUUACCUGCGGGGAAAGAUGAGGCCAAUGGCGGAGAACCACAUGUGUCCGAGCCCAGCGAGCAGCCAAAUAUCGAGACUGUGUCUGGCCCUGAACCAGACCCCGAAUCUGUGCCUGAAGCGGGGGCAAUUGCAGCGACUGGCAAAAAGGGCAAGAAGAACAAGAAAAAGAAGCAGAGCCUGUCUCUCACCCCUGAUGAAACGCCAGCCUCCGAGUCGUUAACUCCCGCAGACGCUGCAGAUGCGAACACGGAUUUGCCUGUCGCACCUGAAGAUUCCUCCUUGGAGACUGAUAAAGAGCCAAUGCGGGAGGAGCCAAUUGAAAGCCAGCCGACCGUUGAACCGGUUGCUGAAACACCAGAUCAAAGCACGACGGAGGAAGCUGUCUCUAUGACCUCAGCGCAAAAGAAGAAGGCAAAGAAAGAUAAGAAAAAGAAACGCCAAUCUACUUCAUUGGAUGAGACACCUGCGUCUGAGUCGAUGAUUGAAGAAGCCGAUGCCAAGGAUGUUACUCCUGAAGGUGCUCAGUUGCGCUCGGAAGAGCCGUCUGAACCUCAAUCACUCGAGGCUACUUUGGAUGCCAUCGAGCACGUGGAAGCGACAACUGAGCCUUCGCAAGAACAGCCCAAGGAGGAUGUGUCUUUGCACCCGGAACGCAGCUCCAACUCUGAUGAAGAGUUCGUGCUGGUACCAGAACAUGUGCCCUACGGACCCAAUGAUGAAGAUUCACCCCGAUCUGGUUCCACGGGGUUCGAUCUCACAAAAGGGAACAGUGAAUUGGAAAAACAGCCAUUGACCCAGGAAGGUGUCUUGGAUGCAAACGAGGCCACUCCCGCCGAAUCACCCUCUGCUGCUGCCCAACCUGUCCAAGAAGAAUCCAGCCCCACGCCAGCAUUGGAGGGCGGUGCUGCCAUCGAAGAACCAGAGGCUGCAGAAAAGGACGUACCUGAAGAUUCUCCAGACAAGACAAUCGAGCACAAUGAAACUCCUGACGAUAGCUUGACGGCAAAAGAAGCUCAAGCCGAAGUAGUCAGCACAGAGACUACUCGAGAGACUGACCAAGGCGGUGCAGUUCCGGACGUCGAAGCUGGCUCUGAAGGCUUGAUUCGGGAUGAUCAGCCUUCCGCUUCCUCGAAAAAAAAGGACAAGAAGAAAGAGAAGAAGCGCCAGUCCCUUGCCCUGAACGAUGAGCAAAAUCCCUCCACCAAGGAAGUACUGACUGCUGAGCCUCCCUCCGACCCAGUUCCAGAGCCCUCGGAAGUUGAUGAAUCUGCGCCUGUUCCUUCCGCCCCUGAAGAACAGCAGAAGUCUGAUGACGCUGCAGCCGACAAGGCAGGACAAGAGUCAACUGCUGAGCCUCCCUCCGACCCAGUUCCAGAGCCCUCAGAAGUUGAUGAAACUGCGCCUGUUCCUUCCGCCCCUGAAGAACAGCAGAAGUCUGAUGACGCUGCAGCCGACGAGGUAGGACAUGAUCCUCCCUCCGACCCAGUUCCAGAACCCUCGGAAGUUGAUGAAUUCGCGCCUGUUCCUUCCGCCCCUGAAGAACAGCAGAAGUCCGAUGGCGCUGCAGCCGACGAGGUAGGACAAGAGUCAACUGCGGAGACAAUUCAGACAGCGCAACUGGCAGAGGAAGUGCAGACGACCACGUCCAAGAAGAAGGCAAAGAAGGACAAGAAAAAGCGCCAUACACUCUCUUUGGACGAUGAUCGAACUCCUUCGACUGAGGAGAAGAUCGACGCCACUGAAACCGUAGCAGAAACAGCUGCCGAGCCAGCACCACCUUCUUUCGCUUCGGAAGAACCAGAGAAAAUUGCAGAAGCUCCUUCCAAUGAAGCUACACGAGAACCCACUGCAGAUGAGACUCAGACCGUGGAGUCCACAGAGGAAAGUCAAACAGCAAAGUCGAAGAAGAAGGCAAAGAAAGACAAAAAGAAACGGAAGUCUGUCUCCUUUGAGAUUGAAGAGCCAUCGACUCAGCCGAGCGAGCCUGACCACCCUGUCGCGACUUUUGGCGAGACAGUGACUCCACAUGAGGAGCCGAAGCCCGAGGACGAACCUUCCGCACGGGAAGGUCUUACUGAGGAGUUUCAGCCAUUAGAAACAGUCCCUGCGAGCCUAACUCAAGGUGGAACAGAUAUUGAUACUCAACCUGAGCAACCUGAGCCAAAUGCCAAGGCUACAGAAGUUACAGAGCAACAAGAGCAGGUUCCCGAGCCUUUCCCAGGUUCAAUCACGGAGGAGCAGGCUGUGGAAGAAACUGCAGCUCCGCCGUUGGCUGAUGAGGCGUCCCAAUCACAAGAACAGAAAGUCUCCUCGGAGACCUUAUGGUCUGAAACUCAGGAGGACCGUGUCAAGAGUGUCCAGGACGCUGAAUUGUUAGGCGAGAAGACAGAGGAGCGCGCUGUCCAGCCUUCGCUAGAAGACAACGAGAGCACCAAGACCGAAGCCUUGACGGAACAAGCAGAGUCCGAGCCGCAGACGCCCAUUGAUGAGGGCGAGCAAGGAGUAGGGCCCUCUAAGUCAAAGAAGAACAAGAAGAAGAAGAAAAAGAAGGACACUCUGGAGCCAAGAGAAGAUAUGCCAGUGACACCGCCUGAGCCUUCAAACGAUGAGCCGCUCGAAUCGACACCAGUUCUUGAACAGGAAAAGGCUCACGACACUGCCGAGCCUGACGCCACAGUGUCUGAACCUCUGCGCGAAGAGGAGAAACCCGAAGAGGAACCCAGCGGGUUUAUUUCGGCAAAAGCAAAGAAAAAGGGAAAGAAAGACAAGAAGCGCCAGUCCAAGAUUCUUGAUAGCGCAAACGACGCCGCCAGCACCGCCGAAACCUCCGCAGAUGUCGCGGAACAGUCGCCCUUGAACACAUCAAGCGGCGAAGCGGAUGGCCCAGAUGCGGAGUUCGCUCAAGAAACGAGUGAAGCCGUCUCUCCCGAAGCGAAGUCCUCGGAGCCAUCGCCUGAGACGGCACUCACGCCUGCUGAAGAUGACGGUAAAGAAAAUCAGUCCCACGACACCGAACCAUACGGCGGCAACGAUAAAGAUCUGACAUGGACUGAUCACAUGGUAUCUUCGCAGGUAGAGCAACAACAAGCAACACCUUCCGAUCGUCCGUCCCAACCCGCGCUUGAAGCCGAGCCAACUUCCGUCGGCGAAGCAGCAAUAUCCAGUCAUGUGGAACAAGGUGAAAACAACGCAGACAAGGCUUCGCCGGCCGUUGACGAUAGGGUAGAGGGAUCUGGUGAAGAAGGUACGAGAGCGAAGAACGAAAUGAUGGCCGAAAGUCCCGAGAUACGAGAUGAGGGUCUUCUUGAGAUUCCGCGAGAAGAAGAGAAGGGAGAGGUAUCAAGCCAACGAGAAGACUCCAUUCAGGCCGAAACCGAAGAGCAAGUGGGGGAAUCGACGAAAGCACCCGCUGAAGAAACACACAAAGAUUUCAUGAGCCAGGAACCGGCUCCAGAAUCCGUGCCAGAGGGCGGAGAUGCCGCGACUAAGGAUCAGUCCACUGACAUUGAGGUUAACGAUCCUUCAAAGCCAGAGGACGUCCUUGAGCUGGAGAACGAAGAGUUGCCAUUAUCAACCUCAGGAAAGAAAAAGAAAGACAAGAAGAAAAAGAAGGCGCAACAGGAGACAAAGACUGAUGAGACAUUGAAGGAGCCUUGGGUGGAUGUCGUGCAAGAAAAAUCACCAGCGAGCCAGGAACUGACUGAUACCACGCUACCUGUUGCCGAGUCUCAGGCAGAUCCAGUUGCCGAGCCCUCGCACGAGCUUUCCGAAUCACAGAGACCAACUGAGACUGUAAUUGACGACAAGGGCAUUGAGGAGACCCUAGGGCUGCAACAAGAGAUAAAGCUUGCGGAGGACGGCUUCGAGGAACCACCGGCUCUUUCACGAAAGAAGAGCAAGAAGGACAAGAAGAGAGAGCGCCUUGCUCAAAAGGCUGCUGUUGAGUCACGCGAGAAUGAAUCCAAGGAGGAGCCGCUGGCGACUGAAGAGCACCUCAUUCCACCUUCGGAUGCUCAGCCGACCGAGCCUGCGAUUCCUGAAUCAGCCCUGGCACUGGGAAUACCUACCGAGACAACCGCAGACGCUGGCGAAGCUGAACUGCAUUCGAGCGCCGUUCAAUUCACUGCUCCGGUGGAGGACAAUAUCAAGGCCAUAGAAACCUCUGAAGUUCAGACAGUUGAAAGCCUCCAACUGCACGAAGGAGCUUCAAGUCUAGGUGCCGAGGCCGUGGCUGAGCACACUCCACUGGAGAUUAAGGAAGAAACCCUGCCCUCUGAGCUUUUGCAGGAAGACGAGAUGAUUGAGAACGAUCCCGGAACGAACAAGGCCCAAGUACAAGCUGAACCGGUUAAUGAAGACGAGAAUGGUCGUGUGAAGUCGCUUCUUGAGCCUAUCCAAUCACUAGAGGCUCCCCAGCAGCCACUUGAGCGGGAAAAUUUGCUGAAUGAGGAUGCGGCAACGGCUCCAGAGGUACUACCUGCUGUGGAGAAGUCAGUUGCUGACGCCGAGACGGCCACGGAACCAAUAAUUGAAGAAGCACCCCUGAGUCGCAAGGAGUCGAAGAAGAAGGCGAAGAAGGCGAAGAAGCAAGCUCAAAAACAGCAAGAGAAGACCACUACUCCCGCCCCUGCUGAGCUUGGAGAAGACAGCAUUGUGGAGACUACGCCCACCAUACCAGGCAAGCCCGGUUCAGCAGAGAAUUCUGGCGAUGUCCCCGAGGCAAACGUUUCGGAAGAGCAGUUGGUUCCUUCGGAUGCCGCUCGAUCUCAAGAGACUCUUGAGCAGACUCCGAACAUGAACAAUCAAAUUGAGGAUGCGCUAUGGAGGGACCAGGAAAAAGAGGGCAAUGUCCAGGCUGAACCAAGCCAAGGCGCUGAAUUUAGAAACGAGCAAGUUGCCGAGGAUUUCACCGAGGGUCAGCCUGAACCCACAGCGGCUUUUGCGAGAAAAUUAUCCAAGAAAGAGAAAAGAAAAGCCAGGAAGAAUUCUGCCAAGGAUGCCAUCGAUCCUUCAGACGAGCCCGAGCUGCGAAAUCCAACCGAAUCUAUCGAGCCAUCCGUCUCUACCACGGACCAAGCCAAGACCGACGAAGAUCCAUUUCUGACAGGUGCCUACGACAAGCAAAUGACCGAGGAGGUUCCACGAUCACUUGAGGCUGAGCCAGGAGCUCCGGAGAUGCACCAAGGUGCAGGUGACGAGGAUGAUUGGCCUGCAAUAGACUGGGAGAAAGGUAAAGUCGAAAUCCAAGAACAGACGCCACAGUCGUCACCUGAGGCUCAUGCAGUUCCUUUUGAGCCAGGCAUUGCAGAAUUCGACGAGUCUGCCAUCCCAGAGGGAUUGCUUAGACGACAAAGUCUAUCCCGUAGAGGUGCCUGGUCGUCUCCAAUGAGCAAGCAACUGAUGGACUGCGAAAGUUCACAGCAAACAGGGGCAGAUGAAGCAGGAGCUGCUCCGCAAGAAGGUGGUGUAGUGGUAGAGCCUGACACGGUGGUCGAGACGGAGCAGUCUGCCAAACUGAACGCAGAACCUGCAAGUUCGCAAGUUCAAGAAAAGGCCAUGCAGCAUCUCGAGAACGCUUUGGCAUGGGAUCAAGCAAAGGGUGGGACCGAAGUGAUGCCGCCAAAGCAAAGCAAAAUUGCGAGCAUCUUCCCAAAUCUUGAGCGCGGAUCCUUUCGACGACCUGUUCCGGGCCAAGAAUUGAUGCCGGUAAAAGAUAGUGCUGAGGAUGAGACUAUUGACCAACAUGCGGAUGGCAACUGCGCGAUCCAGGUCUCGGAGGCAACUAUCCCGGCCGGCGAGCCGGAAGAGAGCCGUUUACAGGGCCAGCAAGAUGAGAAAAUUCAGGAGCCAGCGGCUACGGUUUUUACGCGGGAUCUAUCUCUGGAAGAGCCUAUGAAGAUGCAGGACACAAGCAGCACUCCAGUUAACCUUGCUGUUGACGUUGAGAUUGAUCCCUCAUACAAUGUUUCUGUGAUAUCCGAUGGUCCAGGGAAAGAAACCGAAUCUAUUGAAAUUGAAUGGAAGGACAACGACAAUACGCGAACCCUAGAAGCCGAAACACCCUUGUACGCACCGUUGCCUGUGCACGAACAGAAGUCAUCUCUUGUCAGCCAUACUUCUCCCGUUGGAAUGGACCGAGACGAGCAGAUUCUGAGAAACGAUUCUUCCUGUGGGCUUCGCCGCAGCCCGUCAAUUCAUGGGCGACACGAUCACCCACCGCGAACAUGGUCGCUGGAGGAUUCACCGAUCACCAAGGCAGUGACACCACCCCUGGCGACGACGUCUCUAUUUGGGGGACCAGCAGGGGCCCCUGCGGACAUGGGCUCACCUCCACGUACUCCAUUACAAACUAUCGCGGAACAAGAGCCAGACGAUCGAGUGGAGCUAGCGAGCGGGUUAAGAUCCAUGGUUCCUGAACACGGGACACCCCGUCUGGAGAUGAAGCCCGAACAUGUUCUUCCACGUCCCGAAACUCCGAUCAGAAAGUUUACAGAUAAUGCGCUGGCACGUCAGGCAUGGCCUGUAUCGGACAAUGACAAGCUCCAAAGCUCGGCAGACGAGGAUGCGGGUCUCGCUGUCAAGAAACGGCGGCCAGGUAACGAAUGGCCCGCCGAAAUACUGAAAACUCCGGACCAAGGAAUGCCGAUUCUAAGACCAAGCAGCGUGAGCAGCAUCAAAAGUGUGCAGAGCAAUUACAGUGUGACUGGUGGGCAGCGAUCGCUACGACGCACCAGUCGCAACACCAGCGGGGAUUUGCGGGCGGCUAGCCAGGCACAGGAAAGCCACAGUCCCCAGCCACACGAUACGCCCCAGCCUCCUCAGCCCCCGCCCUCCGAUCUCAACAUCGAGCGCAUCGCUUCGUCUUCCUCCUACGACCCCGUCACGGACAAGGGCAAGCGCCCCAUACGAGCCAUGCCGGACGUCUAUGAGGGAUGGGGAGAGACGCCCAGCUCGCCUCGGUCGCCGAGCCGACCGCCCAGUAUCCGUCAUCGUCGAAGUAUGCAACACCUCCAAGAACUUGAGGCUCGUCUCGAUCAACUCAUCUCUGAAAAUCGACUCCUCAUCGCCGCUCGUGAAGCCGCCGAGGAUAAACUUCGGAAUGCUAGUGUCGCCCGUCGCAAGAGCGACCAUACACUCAACGAGCGCAGUGCCGACCUGCGGGACAGAGAAGCCGAGGUGGAAAACCUGAAGAAUUCCGUGGAAUGGCUCCAAAAGGAAGUAACCCGCCUGACAGAAGAGAAUGAAGGGCUUACCACCACGAACUCCAACCUGACCGCCGCCCAUGCCAAGGAAAUUGAGGCGGAGCGCGAAUCGUCCUCUCGCCAAUUGGACGACUUGCGCUCGCGAUAUGAGCAGCUCUCCACGGAAGUGCAGAACACAGUGCGGCACGAAAUUGAGACUGCGCUGGCGCGAAAGGAUAACGAACUGCGACGGCUUAGGGAAGAGCUUGAAACCGCUCGGGAUAAGGUGUCGCAUUUACAACAACAAAUCGCGGCAUCCUUGCAUGACAACGUUCUCGUCUUCCGCGAUGAGGAUUACUUCGAUGCUGCAUGCCAAAAACUGUGUGGGCAUGUGCAACAAUGGGUGUUGCGGUUCUCCAAACACUCCGACCAUCGACGCUGCCGCAAACUUGCUGAGAUACAAGAUGAGAAGAUUGCAGACCGCUUCGACAAUGCGAUCCUGGACGGCUAUGAUACAGAUACCUACCUCGCCGACCGCGUCCGUCGCCGCGAUGUCUUCAUGUCGGUGGUGAUGACUAUGGUGUGGGAGUUUGUGUUCACACGGUAUUUGUUUGGCAUGGAUCGUGAGCAGCGCCAAAAGCUCAAGUCCCUGGAAAAGCAACUGAGCGAGGUUGGCCCACGGAGCGCUGUCCAUCGUUGGCGCGCGAUUACCCUUACGCUCCUGUCGAAGCGCCCGGCAUUUGCUCGUCAGCGUGAAAACGACACGGAAGCGGUUGCAUUGGAAGUCUUUGAGACUCUGUCGCGUCUCCUCCCACCCCCAAGUCAUGUCGAAGCCCAGCUCUUGGAGUCUCUACGCAAGGUUCUACGGGUUGCAGUCAACCUGUCAAUUGAGAUGCGCACGCAGCUGGCCGAAUACAUUAUGCUGCCGCCACUCCAACCCGAGUACGACACAAAUGGAGACCUAGCACGGCAGGUCUAUUUCAACGCCUCAUUGAUGAACGAACGCAGCGGGGAGACAACGUCGAAUGAGGAGCUGGAGUCGCAGCAAGCAGUCGUCCGGGUCGUCUUGUUCCCGCUAGUGGUAAAAAAGGGCAACGACACAGGCGAGGGCGAAGAUGAAGUAGUUGUCUGCCCUGCUCAGGUGCUUGUCGCUCGACCCGGCAAGGAUCCAAGGGCCAGCAAAAUCUUCAGCAGCGACCGCAUGUCCCUGGAUGGAACCAAGUCUGUUCACAGCGUCGCUCCAUCAUCAACCAUGGAUAUCAGCAACGUGAUCUGA